AAAUUACUGAAGGAAAAGGAGAUCUUGAUCUAACGGGAAUUGAUGAUGAUGAACUUGAUGGGUACAUAAUGACUGCAGAAGAAGCAAAACUGAAAUCUGAUCUGUGGAUGAAAGUUCAUGCAGAUUACCUUCAAGAGCAGAAAGAAAAACAAGAGAAGAAAGAGAGAGAAAAAGAGGAGAGUGCCAAAUCUGAUCAAAAAAAGAGAAAAAGACGUACAAAAAAGAAAGUUCAGUCACAAGCUAACACUGCUGGUGAAGCCAUAGAAAAAAUGCUCCAAGAGAAAAAGAUUUCCACUAAGAUAAACUAUGAUGUUCUAAAAAGCUUGAAAGACCAAGAUUUAAAAUCAUCAUCAUCCCCUGCCAAAAAUGAAUGCCCUCAACCUUCUUUAGACUCACCCAUAAGAAGAGACUCCAAGUCAUCUGGUAGCAAAAUAAUAAAUGGAGGAGUACCCCCAUCAGGGAUUUCAAAUCUGAUAACUUCCAUUAUUAGCACCAAAAGAUUAUCAUCAGAAAGAAGCCCUGAAAGUAUGGAAUGUAGUCAAUCAACCAGGAUUGCAGAAGUAGAAACAGCGGCUGAAUUUGAAGUCUUAGCAGAUAAUUCCAUUGUCACCAGUAUGGUAGGUGAGGAAGAUAAAAUACUGGAUGACAUUCCAGUUGAGGAUCCUGAACAUGAGGAUGAAGAUUUAGAAGAAGAUAUUGAGGAGGAGACUGAUGCCCAUUUGAGCGUUGCACAACUUUUAGGUCAUUACAGAGGCUACACUUUCACCUGUCUUAUCAUAGAUCUUAUCUUCUUUGAUGCUGUGGCUGCCUACAUAUUCAUCAUCUUUCUCACUCCUCAAUUCCUUCAGUUGUUACAAGAAGCAUUACAGAUUACUGCAGCACUGGAGAGGUUGAAAAUACAAAUCAUUCAAAAUAAGAAAUCUAAGUUAUAUGCAACUUACUAA